AUGUGUCAACUGGGUGUAACAGAAGGAAAACUCGCCAACAUAGUUUUGGAACUUGCACGUUCCAAUAUUUGCCAUUUUGGUCAGAAAUUGGCUCAGAAAUCGGCUGGAGCAAUGUUUCAACUGGGAUGA